AUGGAUACGGACAACUCGGAUGCCAGUAGCCCGCGGGCGUCCGGCCAUCCUCCAGCAGGUGGCACCCGCCUCGCGUGUGACUUGUGCCGGAACCGCAAGGUUGGCUGCGACCGCAAGAAGCCCUGCAGCAAUUGCAAGCGAGCCGGCGCCGAGUGCAUGACCACUCUCAAGCCUCGCACUUCUGUUCCUCGUCAGAGAGUCCGUGUUUCUACAGGCUACGACCAGAAAAUCACCAACAUCGAGGACAAGGUCGACGAGGCCAUUGGCCUGCUUCGACAGCUUACUACCACCUCUCCCAAGCACAACCGUGUCUAUCAGCAACAGCCAUCGCCAGAUUGCCAAACUUCAAGCUCAUCGGCUGUGUCGACCAAUCAUGGUACCCCCGCAAUAGUUGCCAGCCUCGGUUGCUCCAAGAGUAAUGAGCCUGGUCUUCCGAACCGUGUUCCAUACCAACCACCAGUGGAGGGCGACAGUUCCUUCGUGGCACAGACGGCAUCCGCUAGUAGCAUGAUCGAGACAUCCUUUGGAAACUCUACGCCUCGAGACGACCAACGAGGCGGCUCCGACCUCGACAGCGCCCUCAAGGCUUUGCGCGACAUCAUGAGAGCGCAAAAGGAGUACAACGCCGUGCACGACUCCUCGUGGUCAUCGACUGAGCCCACAAUUGCAGAUGUGCCGGCAGGGACCUACGACCCGGCCGAUCUGAUUCCAGUUGAUGUCGCCAUGACGUCCGUGCGCCGGGCUCGAGAAGAUCCACGAUUGCACCAGGUGUGGUUCAUUGGCUUCAACGUGCUCACCUUCGACCAAUUCAUGGAGCAUCUCGUCCGAGUCUACUUUCCGGGCCCAUAUUCAGAGGCCGACUACAUCAUCGCGAAUGGGGCUCUCGGAAGUGUAUACAACGAACGGCUAAUGUGCGAGGAUGACCCUGAGACACGUGAAACACUCCGCGAGUACCGGCACGUCUGUGACCGGAAUAUGGAGAGGGCGCUCUCGAAUUUGAAGGUGCAGAUGCCAGCUAGCUUUGAAAACAUCAAGGCGCUCACCUUUGGUGCCAUGCGCGCUCUAUUUACGGCACGGCCAGCCAUCCUGUGGACUUUCGCAUCGCAGGCCCUCAACAUGUGCCAAACGUUAGGCUACCACAAGAACCAAACACUCAAACUCGACACACCACUAAUCCGCCUGCAAAAGACAUGGAUGUUCUGGACCAUGUUCAUGAUGACGCAAGCCGUGUCACUGCGGCUUGGGCGCUCUUCUGUCAUGCCCGACUACGACAUCAGCGUUCCCAUCCCCAAGCCUGACGAGGACACCUUCAACCGCUUCAGCAAUGCCAUCAUUCGAUGCAUGCGCUUCUCUCGAGUCCAGGGAAAGGUAUAUGAGGCGUUGUACAGCUACACUGCCCUAAGCCAGCCUGCGCAUGUCAGGGCGCAGCGAGCGGCCAUGCUUGCAGAUGACCUCAAAGCUGUUCAUAUGCAAGUGAAGCGCGACCAGAUGGUGGUAAAGGAGAAGUGGGGUCACGCUCAUGGCUUGCAAAUUCAGAUUGAAGCGUUCUCGAGUGAGCUCACUUACUACAUUCUUCUGACGCUGAUCCUCCGUGCCAUCCCGGUCGCUCCAGGAUCUGCCACAAGUCUGUCCCCAGAAUGCCUGGCAGCCGCUCGUGCGACUUUUGAGAAGCACAUGGAGUACAUGCCGACGAUGUCCAGGUUCUUCUCGGCAGACUUGUACUUCAAAGCCAUCCUUUUGUACAUGCCUUUCACACCCUACAUUGUGCUCUUUUGUCACGUCAUCGAGACAUUGGACACUUCGGACUUGGAGCGCCUUCGGCUGUUUAACGAAUCGGUCGAGCCCUACGAACUCAAGGCAGACUCUUGUAAGAAUCUCCGCCAACUCUUCCAGUCCUUGUUCCACGUAGCCAAGGUCUAUGUCGAGUCUCGGGGUGAGCGCUCUUGUCCCUCUACCGAGACUGGCCAGAAUCGGAUGGCUGGGACCAGCCAGAAUCUAGAUUCAGCAGUAAAGACAUCGUCCAUCAAUCACGAGACCACGUAUAGCGGUGAUGAUAGUGUGCAGAUGGACUCAUAUCUACGCCAGAUGGGCAUGCUGCCGCCACAGAACUGGAACCAGAUUCCUGAUUCCACGAUGUCGCCGUACCAGACACCUGGUAACGGCACCACGGCAAGCAACGAGAAUAAACAUGAAGGUGCCGGCUUUAGUGGUAGCUAUGUCCCCUUUGCUGAGGGCAUGAUGUUCGAUCUCGAUGCCAUGGCGGAAUCGGAUGAUUACUACACCAUGAGCGUUGGUGGUGAAGGUCUUGCACAGCAAGCGGCCUACCUGGCGGAUUGGUUCAAUGGGAAUCAACAAAUGAUGGCGAUGAUGGACGAUAAUGGCUUUUGA